AUGGCUAUUGUCAAUAGAAAGAAGACAUAUGCCAUCAUUCGUGCAAUAUACAAUCAUAGCCACUCUCCUGAAGACUUUGAACGUGAAUUAGAUUUUGUACUAAGUCGUAAAGUGUGUAUGGUCAUUAUUGAACCAGAAUCUCUCGGUGAAGUAACGUGGCGAUGGAUUCGUACGGGUAACUGGUUACAUAAAACAGCUGUUAUAUCAGGAAUAGCUGCUGUAACUACAGCUGGCAUUGACCUCGGUAUUCGUUUGUUUCCUACUGUUCGAACAAGUGGUGCCUUGAUUACAAUCACACCAAGUGUUAUACGAUUUAUUACAACUACAUUGAGUGCAAUUAGUGCCUCUGCUGCAGGAUUAUACGCAUUGUUUUGGCAAUGGGAUCCAUGCUGUAAGUAUCAAGUUGCACCAUCGCUAGCAUCUCUGCCAGUUGGAACAGCUUCCUUUGUAACAAGUAGUAGUCAUGCAUUGACGAAUUCACAUCCAGAUGAUAAUUCGCCAGGCAGCGGAAUGAGCAACGGUGAAAGCCCCAGUGGUUCUUCGGAAAUGAGCAAUGGAAAGCGUGCUCGAGCUAUCAUUGCAGAGAAUCAUUCCAAUUCAAAUAGUCCUCCAUUACGUCCAGUGGUUUUAGUUCAUCGAGAUGAUGGAAGACGAAAAAUACUGCAUAAUGCCGUCUCUCUAACCUCUACUCUAGUCGCUUGUUAUAUUCUUUUUAGAUGGUCUAGACAUUCAAAUAUGAUUGUUAGUAACCCUUAA